ACAAAGUUGCAAGUCACGUAUAAAAUCAGUGUGUAUUUGCAUUUUGAAAGUACUUGCUAAAAUGUUUAUUAUAGAGUUUUUUUCUUCAUUUUCUUACUGAAGCAGGAAAUACUUCUCUUGGGAACGAAUAGUUUGAGUUCCGUGUUUCCAAUCGGCUCCGGACCUCAUGAUAUGUUGCUAGGAAACGACAACCGACAAUACUUGGCUGGCUGCGGCGGAUGCCAAGUACUUCUUCAUUUGUACUAUUUUGUGUCACUAUUUUUGCAUUUCAUUUGCUGUUUUUAAGGGCAUCAAGCGAAAACUGUGUCAAAAUGAUGCUUUCACGUGCAAAACCUGCGCUGGGUGGGGACGCCCAGCAAAAUGACAAGAAGAAGAAAAAAAACAAGAAAAUCCCCAAAUUGGAUGAAUACUUAAGCCAGCGAGACUACAUGGGAGCCAUUACUUUACUAGAGUUUAAACGUAGCGUUGGAGAAAAAGAGGAAGAUUUAGACCUUUGGAUUGGUUAUUGUGCUUUUCAUCUCGGGGACUACAAGCGCGCCAUGGAGGAAUACACAAGUCUUACUCGGAGAGAAGGCUGCCAUCCUGACGUGUGGGUCUUCCUGGGCUGUACUUAUUUUUUUCUGGGAAUGUACAAAGAGGCAGAGGAGGCUGCCCUUCGAGCACCCAAAAGUCGUUUACAAAAUCGUCUGUUGUUCCAUUUAGCACACAAGUUCAAUGAUGAGAAGAAACUGAUGAACUUUCACCAGAACCUUCAAGACAUUACUGAGGAUCAGUUGAGUUUAGCCUCUAUACACUACAUGAGGUCCCAUUAUCAAGAGGCUAUAGACAUCUACAAGAGACUGCUUUUAGACAACAGAGAUUUCCUGGCUUUGAAUGUGUAUGUUGCACUGUGCUAUUACAAACUGGAUUACUAUGAUGUUUCACAGGAGGUCCUGGCAGUUUAUCUGCAACAUGUCCCAGACAGCACUAUUGCUUUGAAUUUAAAAGCAUGCAAUCACUUCAGACUUUACAAUGGCAAAGCCGCUGAGGCUGAACUGAAAAAUUUGAUUGACAUUACAUCAACAUCUUUUGAGUUUGCUAAGGAGUUAAUCAGACACAAUCUGGUUGUGUUUCGUGGAGGUGAAGGUGCUCUCCAGGUAUUACCUCCUCUGAUUGAUGUUAUUCCUGAAGCCAGGCUAAAUCUAGUCAUCUACUACCUAAGGCAAGAUGAUGUAGAAGAAGCAUUCAACUUGAUUAAAGAUCUUGAGCCAAUAACACCUCAGGAAUACAUUCUUAAAGCAGUGGUUAAUGCAGCCCUGGGUCAGGAAAAUGGCUCAAGGGAUCACCUAAAGAUUGCACAGCAGUUCUUUCAGCUGGUUGGUGGAUCAGCAAGUGAAUGUGACACCAUUCCAGGAAGACAAUGCAUGGCCUCCUGCUUUUUCCUUCUUAAAAAAUUUGAAGAUGUGCUUGUCUACCUCAACUCUGUUAAGAGCUAUUUCUACAAUGAAGACACAUUUAACUUUAAUUAUGCACAGGCAAAAGCUGCUGUGGGCAACUUCAAGGAAGCCGAAGAGGUAUUCCUUCUCAUCCAAAGCGAGAAGAUCAAGAAUGACUAUACUUACCUGAGCUGGCUGGCACGAUGUUAUAUAAUUAAUAAGAAGCCCCGGCAAGCUUGGGAACUGUAUUUGAAAAUGGAGACAUCUGGAGAGUCAUUUAGUUUGCUGCAGCUCAUUGCUAACGAUUGCUACAAGAUGGGUCAGUUCUAUUAUUCAGCAAAAGCCUUUGAUGUGCUAGAGCGGCUUGAUCCAAACCCUGAAUACUGGGAGGGCAAAAGGGGAGCCUGUGUUGGUUUAUUUCAAAUGAUUCUGGCAGGAAGAGAACCCAGGGAGACUCUGCGAGAAGUUGUUUCUCUACUGAGAAAUACAGGAAACCAGCAGGCAGACUACAUCAUUCGAAUCUUCAAAAAGUGGGCCAAAGAGAAUAGGUUCCCUAUCUGAAAAUCUUAUUUAUCAAUUAGAGCAAUGAUAAUUUUGUACUGUUUUUAUAUAAAGAAUUACAAUUUCAUAUU